AUGAAGGACCCCGUUAUAAGCAACUGCAUGGACUGGGACCUCACCGUCCCGCUCGAGGCCCCCGAGGAGAGCUGGAAGGCCAUCAUGGCCGACGAUAAUUUCCGCCCCCCUACUGAAGAGCCUCAGAGACACCGCGCCUGGGGCUGUGCCGGCAAGAAUUUGGCCGCCAUCUCCGGCCGCUGGAGGGUUGAUCCCAGUGAGGCCCUGAAGCGUGCCGCCGCCGAGGUUAUCAACACAAGCACUUGUGUCACCUGCUCCUCUAUGCUGCCACCGCACGAGUUUCGUGUCGACUUCAUCCUCAUGCACGUUGUCAACGCCUCGUGCUGGCUACAGGCCCUUUUGCAGAGAGAUUCUACCUCGCGUGCGCAAAAAGCCCGCAUGAUCGAGGACACGGGCCGUCUGCUUACCUUGGUCGCGGAUGGCGUCGGCAUGCCAUUGCUGCACCUAGAGGUGCUCGAACGACACGUCGUGAAGACCUUACAGACUGGGAUGACCCGUAGUUGUCUGGCAUCACGCCAGUGA